AUGGCACAGGUACCUGCUGACCUGCUCACUGGAGUGCGGGAGCUCAUCUUCACCGGCGUUUUAGCAUGGCAUGAGCCAUCGGAUGCUGUGAGCGUCUUGCUCCUCUUGCCUGUUAUGAAACCCAGUAAGCGCUCGCUGCACGAGAGCAGCCUCUUCUCCAGAGUCUGGUCCUCCUGGCCCAGCUCUCGGCGGAGGAUGAACCCGUUCGGGCAGCAGGGGCAGAUGGACACCUCGAGCCAGCUUUCCCAGGCACUGAAUGGGCUGUCAGACAGAGCCAAGGAAGCAAAAGAGUUCCUGGUCCAACUCCGCAACAUGGUGCAGCAAAUCCAGGAGAACAGCGUGGAGUUCGAGGCCUGCCUGGUGGCCCAGUGUGAUGCCCUCAUCGAUGCCCUCAACAGAAGGAAAGCCCAGCUGCUGUCCCGGGUCAACAAGGAGCACGAGCACAAGCUGAAGGUGGUGCGAGACCAGAUUUCCCACUGCACGGUCAAGCUGCGCCAGACCACGGGCCUGAUGGAGUAUUGCCUGGAAGUCAUCAAGGAGAACGACCCCAGCGGCUUCCUGCAGAUCUCCGACGCUCUCAUCAGGAGAGUGCACUUAACCGAGGACCAGUGGGGAAAGGGGACGCUCACGCCCCGGAUGACCACGGACUUCGACCUGAACCUUGACAACGCUCCUUUGCUACAGUCCAUCCAUCAGCUGGACUUCGUGCAGAUGAAAGUGCCGGCCCCCCCGAUCCUGCAGCUCGAGGAGUGUUGCACCCACAACAACAGUGCCACCUUGUCCUGGAAGCAGCCCCCCUUGUCGACGGUGCAGGUGGAAGGAUACAUCCUGGAGCUCGAUGAUGGCAACGGCGGCCAGUUCAGGGAGGUGUACGUGGGCAAGGAGACCAUGUGCACGGUGGACGGGCUUCACUUCAACAGCACGUACAGCGCCCGUGUCAAAGCCUUCAACAAAACGGGAGUCAGCCCCUACAGCAAGACCCUGGUCCUCCAGACAUCCGAGGUUGCUUGGUUUUCUUUCGAUCCUGCCUCUGCCCACGCUGACAUCAUCUUUUCUAAUGACAACCUGACUGUCACCUGCAACAGCUAUGAUGACAGGGUUGUGCUGGGGAAAACGGGCUUUUCCAAAGGGCUCCAUUACUGGGAGCUGUCAAUCGAUCGUUACGAUAACCACCCUGACCCGGCCUUUGGCGUGGCACGCAUUGAUGUCCUGAAGGAUGCCAUGCUGGGCAAGGACGACAAGGCCUGGGCCAUGUACGUGGACAAUAACCGGAGCUGGUUCAUGCACAACAAUUCCCACACCAACAGAACCGAGGGUGGGAUAACGAAAGGUGCCACAGUGGGAGUGCUGCUGGAUUUGACCAGGAGGACCUUGACGUUCUCCAUCAACGAGGACCAGCAAGGGCCUGUCGCCUUCGAGAACCUGGAGGGCCUCUUCUUCCCCGCGGUCAGCCUCAACAGAAACGUGCAGGUGACACUGCACACCGGCCUGCCCGUCCCUGAAUUCUACACUUCGCGCUCGGCCAUGCCAUGA